AGCAGCAGCUAAUGAUCCCGUCUGUCCGUGGCCUGGCAGCGAUCAGUUGGCAGUUGAACUUCGUACGGGUCGGUUUUUGCUUUAAUUCACAGGCAGCAAAGUGACAGAAAAUGUUAAUUUAAUAUUCACGGUGCAUACGUGAACGAGUGGAAAAAGAAGUGAAUUUUUGUUAGUGGAUUUCUUUGGAAUCGGAAAGCUGAACGGAAAUUUGGCGAAGAAAUUUGGAUUCCAUCGGUUCAUCAGUUUUCGGGGGUUCAAAAUGGGCUUACCGGUGAUCAGGUUACUGGCAAUAAUAUCGACGUUCGUUGCAGUCCAUUCACAAUACCUGGCCUUCGAUCAGCAUGCUCCUGAGUGCGCCCUCUAUGUCAGCGGUCCUGCCAAGUCGUCCGCCUUCGACUACAACCUAAAUCUGUUCCGUGGAACGUCAGCUCCGGUGCACACCGAACCGACGUCAUGCAUCACGUUCGAUGCCAUCAACCAGGCCUACUUGGAUGCUCGCAAGCGCAUCCGCGUGUCUCAACCGAAGGGUGACUGGAAAACGGAAGAUAUCGCCACCGUCGGCGAACUGCUGCUGGACAUCUCCAUUCAGCUCGCCAGGACGUACGGCCUGUCGUACGAAGAAAUCGAAAAGGGUCUCCCGUCGAUCGAUACUUCGAAAACAUUGAUCCGCGAAGUAUGUCCAGCGUUCCUGUCCGGCGUCGAGUGUCGCCCGGGCAAGUACCGCCGUGUCGAUGGACUGUGCAACAAUCUGAAGCAUCCCACGUGGGGAGCUGCCAUGACUCCGUUCCAGCGUCUGAUCGGUCCACUGUACGCCGACGGUAUCAACGCUCCCAGAAUAUCCGUAACCGGCCGUGACCUUCCACUGUCCCGUGUCGUGUCCCGUACCAUUCAUCCCGAUGAGGGCUACCAUGACCAUGCCGGUACCGUAUUCGUCAUCGCGUGGGGACAGUUCAUGGAUCACGAUUUUACCCUGACCGGAACUCCACUGGACCCGAUCAACCGCAACGAUCCGGAAGAAUGCUGCAAGCGUCCACCUCAUCUCAAGCAUCCGUACUGUAACGAAAUCCGCAUCCCCGAUGACGAUUACUUCUACCGGCUGUUCAACGUUAAGUGUAUCGACUUCGUUCGUGGUUUCCCAUCGCCCCGCGCUGGAUGUCGCUUGGGAUCGCGUCAACAGUUCAACACCCUCACCUCGGUUAUCGACGGCAACACCAUCUACGGAGUCAACGAGAAGUUCACCCGUAAGCUGCGUACCGGCUACAACGGUCUGCUCCGCAUGAACCCCGUCUUCGCGGAAUACGGUCUGAAGGACCUCCUGCCACUGAAGCUGGACAUUCCGGAUGAAGGUUGCACCCGACCAAACAAGAGCAUGUUCUGCUUCGAAGCCGGUGAGAUCCGUGUCAACGAACAGCUAGUCCUAACCUGUAUGCACACCCUGCUGGCUCGUGAGCACAACCGUAUCGCGACGGAGCUUGGCCGCAUCAACCCACACUGGGAUGACGAAACUCUGUUCCAGGAAACUCGCCGUAUCAACAUCGCUAUCAUCCAGCACAUCACCUACAAUGAAUUCUUACCGAUUCUGCUCGGCAAAGAAGUGAUGGAGAAGUUCGGCUUGCUUCCACUGAAGGAAGGCCACUGGGAUGGAUAUGAUGAGAACAUCAACCCUGCCAUUAUUGACGCUUUCUCCGCCGCUGCCUUCCGUUUUGGUCACUCGCUGCUGCCGACGGCCAUUGAACGCUGGUCCAAGGCUCACAAGUUCAUCGCCUCCAAGCGUCUAUCGGAUCUGAUCCGUCGGCCGUACGAUCUGUACCGUGCUGGUGUGUACGACGAAUACCUGAUGGGUCUGAUGAACCAGGUUGCCCAGGCUAUGGACGACUCGAUCACCCAGGAAGUCACCAACCAUCUGUUCAAGAAGGAAGGCGCCCGCUUCGGUAUGGAUCUGGUGUCGUUCAACAUGCAGCGAGGUCGUGAGUUUGGCGUCCCUGGAUACAUGGAGUUCAGAAAGUUCUGCGGACUGCCGACGGCCGACACCUUCCAGGAGCUGUUCGGAUCAAUGCCGAAUGAGACCGUUCGGCGGUACGAGAGCAUCUUCGAACACCCAUCGGACGUGGACCUGUGGUCGGGCGGUGUGUCCGAGCGCUCGCUGCCGGGAUCUAUGUUGGGACCGACCUUCGCCUGUGUCAUCGCCACCCAGUUCAGUUACGUCCGACGUGGCGAUCGGUUCUGGUACGAGCUGCCCAAUCAGCCGUCAUCAUUCACCCCAGAACAGCUGCAGGAAGUCCGCAAGGCCAAGCUGGCGCGGCUCAUCUGCGACAACACCGAUCUGAUCGAUACGGUGCAAAUCUACCCGAUGGUGUUGCCCGAUCACGAAAUCAAUCCAAGAGUGCCAUGCAAGAGCGGAAUCCUUCCUACGAUGGAUCUAACCAAGUGGGCCGACUACGGUCACGAAUCUCACUCACCUCAUCAAUAUCAAUUCCUCAACGAAUUAAAUGAGAACGGCGGCUUCAAGAAAUAAAUUCGUCUGAAUCCCCAGCAUUUUCUCAGAGCCCACUGCCGUCAGCCGAGUAGGCCAUGCUAGAAAAUCAUGAGAGUGAGCGCGAGUGAAAGAAUUAUCCGAACUACGUCAGCCGCGAGAGGAAAACAAACGGGAUAGAAACCAUUUCAGAGAUUAUAAGCUAGAUAAUUCAUAUUAUUUUUAUUUUUUUUAAUAAGCCAAUCUACGUUUACUCACUGUUGUACCUUUUACCCUUCUAUUUUAUGAUUUUCGAUCGUCUCUUUCCUUCUUUCGCGAGAUUUUCGCUUAUCUGAUCUUUGUCCUCUUAUCGUUUCUCAUUGUAUUAUACACAUUUUAUUAUCACCAUGGCACCUGUGCAAACCACAAACCGAUAGUGACAAGCAAGGUUAUGUUUGGACGUUUUCCCGCAUCCUUCAUUCACAUUUUUCUCUCUCCAUUUAUUGAGUUUUUGUUUGAUAAUGUUUUAGAAAUUGUAUUUUAUGGAAAUUUCAAGCUGGAAUGACUUCCUUCCUUUCCCCCCGUUGAAAUUAGUUUCUAAGUUCUCCCUUAUUUUUGUUAUAAUUUUUUUUAGCGAAAAACAAACGAAAUUUUAGAACAACGAGCAUUUAGUACCAGAUAACCUGCUAUUGCACAAAAACGCUUCCAACUUCGAGUUUCGUUUGGGAAAAGUGUAGAAACUGUAAAUUUUUCACACUCACACAUCACACGCGAGGCGGUCUGGAGACAGCGGCCAGCGUUUUCCUUUUCGCCGAUGAAAACCAGUUUUCACGAUUGCGCAAAGCCCCCUGCAAACCUGUCUUCCAGUCGAUGUGUGCCGUCGUCGGUCACCAAUGGUAACCGCGCAGUGUGACAGUCGUUGUCGUUCGUUUCGCAGCCUUCUUUGAUGCGGCGAUGAUAAAAUUUAAUCGCGAAUGACACUGAAUAAGAGUGGCAAACUCUUAUGAUGGCGAAGAAAAAAAAACAUUGAACAUAAUGUUUUGUUGUUUUUUUUUUCUCGUAAUGAAAGACUAAACAUACCGGUUUCGAUGCAGUUUGCGUCCACGUUUUGUGUAAACUUUUUCAAUGACAUCAUAAUGGCGGACGACGGCUGGGUUUGGUGGCGAAAGUACAAAUGCUUCUACGCGGAAAAGGAAAUUUUCUUCACGGGCUUGUCGUUGAGAAGGAAGGUAUUAUACCUAACAUCAGUUAGAAGAAGUGUAAUAGUGUAGCCAUUUUCUCUCUUGUUUUUGUGUAAUAUUUAUGUAAAUAAUAAAACUUUUAAGUAACAUUAAA